AUGAAGAGAGGUUUGCCCAGAAGAAAACCCAGAUCAGAUUUCCAGUCUGGCGGUGACUUGAGAACAGGAAGGUCCCACACUUCGGCCUCUCCUCUCAAGUACAAUGUGGUCCAUGGAGCUGAUGGAGCGUUCUAUGCUUUGGACGGCGGAACUUGGCGAAACUCCAUGAUUGCCCCAAAGAGACUUCCUGUGGGGCCUCUCUCAGAUGGAUAUUCCCCUCAGACUCCCAAAUGCACCCUUCACUGGUGGAUGCCUUUUGAGGUUGGCGGGUCUUCUCUCCUCCCCUCCUGCAGAGGCACCAAACCAAGACCAAAUGAGAAAUGCUCAUCGAGAAAUGCUCAGAGAUGA